AGCAACUGCAAUGCUGCUGUCAGCCAGCGACACAAUGUGGCAUGUGCGCCAACCUUUUAUAUCCCUGUUAGCGAGCCAGCUAAGUUGCGCCAAGUUUCUCAUAUUUGUCCUGGUAUGCUUCCUAAGGUAGUUAUAUUGUCGGUAGUCGCACAAAUGCACACUCUUUUCCGCACAUCUCUUCUUUUAGGGUCAAUUGUUCAUUCUAUUUCAAAAUUGGAGCGUGCAGGCAUGGAGACCGCUGCUCUAGGUUGCACAACAAACCAACUUUCAGCCAGACCAUCUUGAUUCAAAACAUCUACCGUAAUCCCCAAAACAGUGCACAGACGGCCGACGCCUCUCGCUACCAUUGCCCUCUUGAACAUUUACCGUAACCCUCAAAACUCUGCCCAGUCUGCCGAUGGUUUACACUGUGCUGUCAGCGAUGUGGAGAUGCAAGAGCACUACGACGAGUUCUUUGAGGAGGUCUUCACGGAGAUGGAGGAGAAGUACGGCGAGGUGGAGGAGAUGAACGUGUGCGACAACCUGGGUGACCACCUAGUGGGGAACGUCUAUGUGAAGUUCCGCCGGGAAGAGGACGCGGAGAAAGCGGUGACGGACCUGAACAACCGCUGGUUCAACGGUCAGCCCAUCCACGCAGAGCUGUCCCCCGUCACCGACUUCCGAGAAGCCUGCUGUCGCCAGUAUGAAAUGGGAGAGUGCACGCGGGGUGGCUUCUGCAACUUCAUGCACCUAAAACCCAUAUCACGAGAGCUCCGUAGGGAGUUGUAUGGCCGCCGCAAGAAAAGGCACCGCUCCAGCUCGCGUUCGCGAGACAGGCGCUCCCGGUCCAGAGACCGUGGUCGUGGUGGCGGUGGUGGACGGGACCGUGCAAGACGGAGGUCAAGGGACAGAGAACGUUCUGGAAGAUUCUAAAUUUAAAGCCAAGAUCCGUCCCAUCUAUUCCUUCCCUCUCCUCUCUCUUCAUCCUCCCAGUCCCAUCUAUCCCUUCACUCCUCUCUCUUCAUCCUCCCAGUCCCAUCUAUCCCUUCACUCCUCUCUUCAUCCUCCCAGUCCCAUCUAUCCCUUCACUCCUCUCUCUUCAUCCUCCCAGUUCCAUCUAUCCCUUCACUCCUCUCUCUUCAUCCUCCCAGUCCCAUCCCUCUUGGCCCUGUGAUGAAAAUUGUUAAAUGUUGCAGCCCGAUUUUCUUUUAUUUCCUUUUUUUAAAGACACAGGUGUGUUUCUUUCUUAAUAAAACAUCUUUGUAGUGAUUUCAGUA